AUGACAGUAGCAAACAAUGGGAUGGCUAUGCCAGCGUCUCCUCCGAAAAUCGAUUGCUCUGAAGCAAUUCAGGACUCACCGAGAUUCCGUGCCCAAGUCUCUCAACAUACCGCAUAUUUCAAUCGUCUCGAGAAUCGACUGAACGAGAUGCUUCGCCACAUUUCAGCUAUGAUGGAGUUCAGCAAAAACUAUGUUAAUACUUUCUAUAAGCUAACAGUAUCCGUGAAUCAACUGUGCGAUGAAAGUUUUUCUGGGAAUCCAUUGGCUGCCAACACAUUUCAAGGACUUUCAGAUGCUUAUGGACAAACUGUGAACCUAUUCAGGACGUAUUACGAUCAUUCGAAUGUGGUGAUCUACACAAAACUAUCGAAUUUUAUCAAGAAUGAGCUAACAAAAGUGGCAGAAUCGCGUGCUCAUUUCGAAAACAUGUCCCAAUCGAUGGAUGAGGCUUUAGUCAAAAAUGCAGGAAUAUCUAGGCAAAAACCAGCAGAUGCCACCGAAGGAAGAAACGCGUUGACUGCUGUCGGUACUUGUUUCGCGCACACAACUCUCGACUACGUGGCAAACAUCAAUAUAGCGCAUGCCCAUAAGGAUCACAUGAUACUGGAUGCUCUGUGGACCCUGGUGCGCGAAUCGUCGGCGUUUUUCUCCAAAGGACACGCCACAUUCGACGAGUGGACGGUAGCGGACAACGGAGCAGUCGCCGAUACAAUUCAGACAUUUGCGGCCAAAUCGAAAUUGAUCGAGAGGAAAAUGCAGGAUGUUCAUUCGUUAGUGCCAAAGGAAAUGUUCCAACACCCAUCUGGCAUGCCGAUUGAACCUGAUGUGAUGAUGGAAGGAUAUCUGUACAAGCGGUCUUCGAACGCAUUCAAGACAUGGAAUCGGAGAUGGUUUCAAAUUAAGGAUAAACAAUUGCUCUACUCCCACCGAUCAAGCGAUCUGGAACCACCGACAGUAAUGGAAGAAAAUCUUCGAAUCUGUCUCGUCCGACCUGCUCCAUCGAACAUUGACCGAAUCGGUUGCUUUGAACUAGUCACUCCCACCCGUAUCCACCUCCUCCAGGCUGAUUCUGAAUCCCUGUGCCAAGAUUGGAUGAGAGCAUUGCAACGAACUAUUCUGGCUCUCCAUGAAGGAGGCGAUUCUACAGAUGCCGACUCGUCGAGUCCACGAAACAAAACAGUGUCUGCUUCUUCAAAUGUGUCAGCAUCCAACGCAAUCUCGCCAACUUCGAAUCAACUGGAUAUCACUAAAGGGCGAUCUGUAUCAGAUCCUGCUUCUACUUCUGGUAGCACUUCAACCAAUAUCCCAUUCGUCGCAUCUUCCACAUCUCAACCAUCUUCCACCGCUUUCGAACAAAUCCGUCGGGUCCCUGGUAAUGAAGUUUGCGCGGAUUGUGGAUCACCUGCCCCGAAAUGGGUCAGCAUCAAUCUAGGAGUGAUUCUGUGCAUAGAAUGUUCUGGAGCUCAUCGAUCGUUGGGAGUGCAGGUUUCGAAAGUACGAUCAUUGUGCAUGGAUUCGAUUGACAACGAGUUGAGAGAUGUUCUUCUAUCGUUAGGAAACCGUCAAGUGAACGCUAUCUUCCUUGCCCAUCUUCCAACUUCUCCUGAUGCCGUUGUUCCACCACCAAUCAAUGAAAAAUCAGCUCGUCCGGCUCGAGAAGCAUGGAUCAAAGCGAAAUACGUGGAACGACGAUUUGCCGUUUCUGAAGAUACCCGAGCUAGAAGUUCUGCAAAUAGCCGACAGGAACAUCUGGUACACAAGACGAGUAUAGAAGGAAACGCCAAUGGAGUCAACCGAAGUUCCUCAUAUGCAAAUGUUCAGGAUGCAGAUCAACACAGUGGAUUAUUAGAUGCUGAUCCGUGGUCGGCAGAUCUAUCGAUCCCCGUUUCUCCAGCUUCGAAACGGUUAUCAGCGUGUGGCUCUGACACUAACCUAGAAGCUAUUGGCAACUCAAUAGAUGCGAAAACGGUGGAUUGGGAGUCAAUAAAAGAGGCAUGCGAGUCUGGAGAUCUUCUUGCUCUUCUACGAGCACACGCUCAAGGAUUCGACCUUAUGGCUCUUCACAAUGGAACUACUGCUCUGCACAUCGCUACGAGAAGUGGACAAACCGCUGCUGUUGAAUUCUUAUUGCUCAAUGGAGCUAAAAUUAAUAUGUUGGAUGAGAAAUUGAAUACACCACUGCAUUUGGCUGCCAGAGAAGGACACACAUUACAAGUGUGUCAAUUGCUGAAACGUGGCGCUGAUAACAACCUGGCCAAUGUUGACAGUAAAACUCCAUUGGAUAUUGCCAUGGAGUGUACGCAUGCAGAUAUUGUUACAUUAUUUCGAGUGACAAUAAUGCGAAACGAGUUCAAUGCCGACUUCAACAACCCGAUGGAUGAAACUGUGGAAGUAGUGAUUUCAGAUAUUGCUCGACGAGCUGCCACUGAAAAAGAGCAGAAGAAGACAGCGUCGUUGAAGGAGACUUCAGAA